AUGCAGAUGGACUGUGACAAUGACAUGAGCGUACAAGUUCCCCUUAACUCUGGAAGUGUCGAUGUAAACCUCGUUCAACCACGAAAUUUCGGAGAAAGGAACAUCGUUAGUGCGAGGGAGACGGAUAGAAUCAGAUCUGAUGAUUUAGUCGCUUUAGCUUCGCAAAUAUCUUUUUCAAGAGACCUCGUAAAAGGAAGGGCUUGCGAUAGACUGCGCUCGAUUGCUCAGCAAAUGGAGCAACUUCACGUUGCUGCCAAGCAAGUUUUAUCGGAGGCUGCUCGAGAUGAGGAAUUACACAGGGUUGCUUGUAACAUGCAGAAGGUACCUGGACGUGUUUAUCACUUGUACGGGCGGCCAAUGGCGGAAAAAUAUUUCUCAAUGCUCUCACCCGAAGAGUGGGGUUCGGACGACAAAGCUUCUGAAUACUUGGGAUCUUUUCGACUCGAGUACGACAGAAGCUGGACGCCUCUAGAAGAUGUUGAGAAAAGGGAUGCGCAGUUCAAUCAGUUUGAAAACAUUAUCCGUCGUGGUGGUGGAAAUGCUUUGCUGUGGGAUAACCAGUAUCAACAGUAG